AUGAAACUGAACUACACUAAAAUAUUAUUAUUUUUCUUUCCAUUAAAUAUAUUAGUAACAUCAUAUCAUGGAAAUAAUAAUAAUAAAACAUACGUCACAUCACAUAUACCAACUAAUACAUCACGACUGUUAAGCGAAAAGGACUUACAAUCAUCAAUUUAUGAUAAUGAUCCCGAUAUGAAAUCAGUGAAGGAAAAUUUCGAUCGACAAACAUCACAACGUUUUGAAGAAUACGAAGAACGUAUGAUCCCACAACGACAAAAAUAUAAUGAACAACGUGACAAAGAUAUACAAAAAAUUAUUUUAAAAGAUAAAAUGGAAAAAUCGUUAGAAGAAAAAGUAGAAAAAGGCUGUCUUAGGUGUGGGUUUGGGUUAGGAGGUGUUGCAGCAGGUGUUGGAAUAUUUGGUUCAAUUGCUGUAAAUGAGUUGAAAAAAGCUGCUAUUGCUAAGGCAGUUGUAGUCGCUAAGGAAGCUGCUGAAAAAGCAGGUGCUGCGGCCGCUGCUGAGGCAGGUAAGAACGCAGUUAUUGCAGGAUUAGAAGAAAUGGGUAUAUCAACUCUACGUGGUAAUGUAUUUGAAACAUUAUUUACUGCAAAUACUUAUCCUAAUGCCUCAGAGAUUGCUCUUGCCAUAAAUGAACAAUAUAAUCCAUCGUCAUGUAUAUUACCUAUCGGUGGCUCUGGACCUAGUGAGACUUUUUGCACUUGGGUGAAAGUAAAAUCUGAUGCUGCACCGAAAAUUCCAGGGAAGGUUUCUUCAACGUAUGAAGUUAUAGAAACAGCUGUAAAAUCUAUCGUCACAGAUGCCAAAACUGUUGCUGAAACAGCUGCAAAAAAGGCUACUGAAGAAGCUAUAAAAGCUAGCACUGAUGCAGUAGAAUCUGCAUAUGCUGCUUGUCAGACUGCUAUUAUUGCUUCUGUAGUUGCAAUAUUGGUAAUAGUUUUGGUUAUGAUGAUAAUAUAUUUAAUUUUACGUUAUCGUAGAAAAAAAAAAAUGAAUAAAAAACUACAAUACACAAAAUUAUUAAAUCAAUAA